AUGGAGCUCUGUGAACACUUGGUGCCCCAGAAUUUGCUCAUGUCGGAUUCAGUGCCCUUUGGGAUUCUAGAGGAAGGGCCUCUGCCUGUCCUAGACCCUUCCUGUGCCCAUGAGAGGAUCACAGAGAUGGAAAACUUGCACUCUGGGUUACAAAACUCAAUAACCUUUGAGGAUGUGGCCGUGGACUUCACCCAGGAGGAGUGGGCAUUGCUGAAUUCAUCUCAGAGAAAACUGCACAGAGAUGUGAUGCUAGAGAACUAUAGAAACGUGGUUUCACUGGGACAUCAACUCAGCAAGCCUCCUCUCAUCACCCAGAUGGAGCAGGAAGAUGAAAUGGACAUAGUAGAGAGAAGAAUUCACCAAGACACCUGUUCGGAUGAGCUGAUUCUCCUUAAAACCAAACAACAACAGCAAAAACAAGGUAUUUUGGAGAAAUAUACGCUCAAUGGCAAGAAGGAACAAAGUCUUGGAGGCAAUCCCAUUCAAUGCAGUGAAAUUGUUGAAGCCUUGAGUGUGAAAUUUAACAUUACUCAGAAUAAAAUUUACCCUAGCAAGAAAGCCCAUCGAUACCUUGACUCUGCAAAAGCCCUUAGAGAUUCUUCACGUCUUAAGCCAUCUGAGGGAAUUCUUCCUCGGGAAAAAUCUUAUGAAUGUAAAAAGGACGAGAAUGCCUUCCUCAGGAGUUCUAACUUAGCUGGGCACAAGAGACAACAUACAGAAGAGACAUCCCAUGAACGCAGUGACUUGGGGAAAGUCGUAAAUUCAAUCUCACACCUUAAGAAGGAUGAAAAAACUCACUCUAGAGAGAAACCUUUUGAGUGUAAUCAGUGUGGUAAAGUAUUACAGAGCCAUUCAUCCAUUAAGUUGCACAUGAGAAUCCACACUGGAGAAAAACCGUAUAAGUGUGAUCAGUGUGGGAAAGCCUACAGCUCAAGCUCUUACCUUACGCGUCACAAGAGAAUUCAUACCGGGGAGAAGCCCUAUGAGUGCCGUGACUGUGGAAAAACCUUCCGAGAUAGCUCACUUCUCAGACAACAUUCAGGGACUCAUUCAGAAGAAAAACCCUACAAAUGUGAUCAAUGCACCAAAACCUUCAGUAGAAGCUAUAGGCUUGCCAUACACCAGAUAAUACAUACUGGAGAGAAACCCUAUACGUGCAAUGACUGUGGGAAAACUUUCAGUAUUCUCCCAUAUUUUAAAAGACAUGAGAGAAUCCACACCGGAGAGAAAUCCGUUGAAUGUAGCCAUUGUGGUAAAGCCCUGAGUAGUCAGUCAUCUCUUAAGGUACACCUGCGGAUACAUACUGGAGAGAAACCUUUCAAGUGUGAUCAAUGUGGGAAAGCUUUUAGGCUGAGCUCCAACCUUAUCACGCACAAGAAAAUUCAUACUGGAGAGAAACCCUGUAAGUGCAAUGACUGUGGGAAGGCUUUCAGGGAUCGUUCAUGUCUUAAAGAACAUGUGAGAAUUCACACUGGAGAAAAACCCUUUACAUGUAAUCAAUGUGGAAAAGACUUCAGAGUGAAAUCUUUCCUUAUUUUGCACAAGAAAAUUCACAUGAAAAUGAAACAUGAAUGUAAGGAAUGUGGGAAAACCUUCCAUGGUCUCUUAUCUUAUGGGAGGCAUAUGAAAAUCCAUACCAGGGACAAGAAACCUUUUAAGUGCAGUGAGUGUGGAAAAGCUUUUAGCAGGCAUGUGUCCCUUACAGUACACAUGAGAAUUCACACUGGAGAGAAACCCUACGAGUGUAAUCAUUGCGGAAAAUCCUUUAGUGUAAAGUGUAAUCUCAAUGUGCACAAAAGAAUACAUACUAAAGAAAAGCCCUAUAAAUGCAAUGUCUGUGGGCAAGGUUUCAGUAAAUCCUUUCCCCUUCGGCGUCAUGAGAGAACUCAUGCUCAAUAA